AUGAAACGGUUUACAGCAAAGAUUGUGGAUUUGAUGAAGCAAGAGAAUCUCUAUGCAUCACAAGGAGGACCUAUCAUUUUAUCUCAGAUUGAAAAUGAGUAUGGAAACGUUGAUAUACACUAUGGUCCUGCUGGUAAAUCUUACAUCAAUUGGGCAGCAUCGAUGGCUACAUCUCUUGAUACAGGUGUUCCCUGGGUUAUGUGCCAGCAAGUAAACGCGCCUGAUCCAAUUAUUAACACAUGCAAUGGAUUUUACUGCGAUCAAUUCACACCAAACUCUGACAAUAAACCGAAAAUGUGGACUGAAAAUUAUAGUGGAUGGGUUUUGAAGAGCAAGGGUUUUGAUUUCCCAGUUUCCACCACCCCACACAGGUCCUUUAGGUUGUUAAGCUUGGCAGUUGAUACGGCAGUUCGGAUUUUGAAAGAAGGACGAAUGGAUGCCAUAAAAUUGGAAGGAGGUUCACCUUCAAGAAUUGUUGCAGCAAAAGCUAUUGUCGAAGCUGGAAUAGCUGUGAUUGGGCAUGUUGGUCUUACACCACAGGCCAUUAGUGUUUUAGGUGGAUUUAGGCCUCAGGGAAGAAAUGUUGCUAGUGCUGUCAAGGUCGAUAUUUCUAUUCUCUCACGCAUGAUGCAACUAUUUUUGUAUUUGAAAACAAAAUUUGCUCCGGGAGUGUCUCAUAUUGAACCGGGAGGUCUUUCUUUCCGCGAUGUUCUUAACAUCCUACACAAUCUUCAAGGUGAUGUUGUUGCUGGAGACGUCGUUGAACUCAACCCACAACGCGAUACUGUUGAUGGAAUGACUGCUAUGGUAGCUGCUAAGUUGGUCAGAGAAAUGGCUGCAAAGAUUGCAAAAUGA